AUGCCCUCUUUCGGCCUCGGCCUCCCACGCGAUGCCUCUCCCCGUCUACGCAUCAUACAAGGCUGCCAAAUCGCCAUCGCAGCCCUUAGUAUCUUCGCCGUCUUCAUCACGCUUGUCUUCCCUGUCCAGCGCAAGGUUUUCACUCUUAGUCUCCUCUAUACCCCCAUUUUGACUUCGGCAACGACAAUCUUCCUCAUCGUCCGAGAACAAAGACGCGCCGCCGCCGGUACUCUGUCCAAGCAGAAAUAUGUCAAGUACCAGAUCCUCAAGAUGGCUGCUGCGUUCGGCAUGUCCAUCGUAGGUUUCAUUGGCCAUGUUGCUAGUACGCCGACAAAAGGAGAUGCUCAUCGUGCGGGACAGCAGGGGCUGUGGAUCAGUGGAGUCAAGAUCAAUAAGUGGCAGGGACUGCUGCUUUGGUUGAACUUCUUCAACUGGGUCUUCCUCUGGGCUAGCUUGUUCUAUUCUUGCUGCAUGACUAGCAAUAGGCAGGGUGCUAUCGCUCUUUCUGGCGAGGAGGCGCAGAUUGGAGCUGAUUCCGACUCAGCUAACGACGAAGCUAUUGCUCGUGCUCUUCAGGCUCAGGAUGGCAACUGGCAGGCAUAG